CUCUCUCUCUCUGUCUCUGUCUCUGUCUCUCUCUCUCUCUCUCGCUCGCUCUCAGCCCCGGCCGCACGCGUCAAACCCGCGGACGCGAAGAAAAGGGGCGGGGCUUCGCGCCGCCGACAAGGUCAGUGGAGCAGAAGAGGUGGCCGAACUUUUAAGGCAGUUGCCCGCCUGAGUGGCGUCCACGAUCGUAUACCCGCGGUGCUCUCUUGGCGCUUACCAAGCAUGGAAAUAUCCAAGGCGGACGACGGCACGGCAGAGCAAGCGGCCACUUUGCUGGGACUGGACCACCAAAUGACACACAGUGAGCGGAGCAAGAAGAGGAAAUCUAAAAACUGUAAAAUCAUCACCGGGGUGCUGUUGUUGUGCUUACUUAUUGUCAUCCUUGCCAUUGUGUUUUUUGUGAGGCGGCGCUGUGAUGUGAAAGUGAGCAGCUGCAGAAACAGGUGUGUAACUGGGAGCAGGAGUAAGGCUGCGGCUUGCCAAUGCGAUCCAUCCUGCGAGGAUGAGGGGACCUGCUGUUUGGACUACCAGGAAGUGUGCAUAGAGCCCAGUCAGCGUUGGACCUGCUCCAAAUUCCGCUGUGGUGAGGAGAGGUUGGUCAAUAGUCUGUGCUCCUGUUCUGAUGACUGUGGGAAAGCAGGGGACUGCUGCGCUAACUACAACAACGUUUGCAAAGUUGGAGACAAGUCCUGGCAGGAGGAGAAGUGUGAGGACAUCGAGGAGCCACAAUGUCCGCCUGGUUUUUCCAAACCUCCUCUGAUCUUGGUAUCCAUGGAUGGCUUCAGGGCGGGGUACCUAAAGUCCUAUGCCAGCCUCCUUCCAGUCAUCAACAAGUUACGCAGCUGCGGUACGUCUACGCCGUACAUGAGGCCCGCUUAUCCCACAAAGACCUUUCCAAAUCACUACACCAUCGUGACUGGUCUCUAUCCUGAGUCUCAUGGAAUUGUGGACAACAAGAUGUACGAUGUGACCCGGAACGCCAGUUUCACCCUGAAAACUGCGGAAAAGUUUAACCCUCUGUGGUACCAAGGGGAGCCAGUCUGGCUCACUGCCAUGCACAACAACCUGAAAACGGCCACCUAUUUCUGGCCUGGCUCAGAUGUAGCCGUCAAUGGCAAGUUCCCAGAUUUCUACAAGAGUUAUGAUAAGAAAAUUACAUUUGAAAAGAGGAUUUCGACAGUGUUGGAGUGGCUCAGUUUACCCCAGGGAGAGAGGCCAGAUUUCUAUACUUUGUACAUGGACGAACCCGACACAAUAGGCCAUCUUUAUGGACCCGUAAGCAGCCAGUUGAUAGGGGUCUUGCUGAAAGUGGACAGGCUGCUGGGCAUGCUGAUGGAUGGCCUGAAACAGAGAAACCUCCACCGUUGUGUCAACAUUAUAUUCCUAUCUGACCACGGCAUGGAGGAGGCCACCUGUAAAAAGGCAAUGUAUGUGUCCUCCUUUCAGGACAGUACUGACGACUUCAUUGUCAUCCAAGGCCCGGCUGCUCGCAUCAGACCGAAACGCCUGCCAGAGGAAUUCUUUUCCUUCGACUACGAGGGGCUGAUGAAGAACCUGUCGUGCAGGAUCCCCGACCAGCCAAUGAGGCCUUACCUCAAAGAGGACCUCCCCAAACGCCUGCACUUUGCCAACAACGCGCGCAUAGAGAGGGGCCACCUCUACAUGAAGCCUGGCUGGCAGGCGGCGAUACGGCCCAAGGAAGUCAAGUACUGCUCUGGCGGAUUUCAUGGAUCAGAUAAUGUCUUCGAAAACAUGCAGACCAUUUUCUUUGGCCACGGUCCAGGAUUUAAACAUAGGACCGUUGUCCCUCCUUUCGAGAGCAUUGAAGUUUACAACCUCAUGUGUGACCUCCUCAAUAUCCCUCCUGCUCCCAACAACGGGACUCAUGGCAGUCUGAACCACCUCCUGAAGAAACCCGUCUACCGGCCAGUUCACCCAGCACAGCUCUCCCAUGAAACGCCCUGUGAAGCCAGUGAGCCCGUCCCCACCGACGACCUGCACUGCACCUGCAGCUCCCGCACCAGAGCCGCGGAAAAGAUAAUGAACAAAAACCUCAUCAAAACUAAUGCCAGUGCUAAAGCCAGCCUACGACGUCUCCACCUUCCUUACGGGACACCGCGGGUCCUCCAGACCAACGCCGACUACUGCGUGCUGCACCACACCAACUACCUCAAUGGCUACAGCAGAGACAUCCUCAUGCCUCUCUGGGUGGCUUACACCAUCCCACCUCUAACCAGCGUCCAGCCCCUGAGCCCAGAGCUGGAGGCAUGUGUGCGUGCAGACAUCCGUGUCCCCGCGCUCUCGAGCCAGAUGUGCCUUCGGUACAGAGAUGACCCUGCUCUGUCCUACGGCCUUCUGCAUCCCCCCAAUCUGGGUGCCGCCAAUGGCUCAGAGAAGGAUUCACUUGUCACGAGCAACAUGGCACCCAUGUUCCCUGCGUUUAAAGAUGUCUGGGACUAUUUCCAUGAUGUCCUGGUUCCCAAAUACUCACAGCAACUAAAUGGAGUCAACAUCAUGAGUGGGCCUGUAUUUGAUAAAAACUAUGACGGAAAGUUUGAUGCACCCAAAGCAACUGCAGCGCAUGAGGCUCCCAUUCCUACUCAUUUCUUCGUGAUCAUGACCCGUUGUGCUAACUCCACCUUCACUCCUGACCAUUGUGAGGGCCCGCUGUGCGCCCAGUCCUAUAUUCUGCCCCAUAAACCUGACCACACAGAAACCUGCAGCAAUGGAUCAGACUUGUCAUGGGUGGAAGACUGGGCUCACUUCCACGUGGGUCGGGUCAGAGACAUUGAACUCCUCACUGGACUCAGCUUCUACCACGAUAGGAUAUCGGUGGAGGAGACGCUACAGCUCAAGACAUUCCUACAAACCUUUUAAAAUCAGCGGCGUCGGACAUAAACGGAGCCGUGAUCUCUAAAAGAAGCCAUAUUGAUCUUUACCACAGGCCUUUGUCCACCAGGGGACACAGACCAGCUCUGUAAUGCUACUAUUGAAGUGAAGUUAACCGGGACCAGUAAAGGUUUCUUAUGCCCACAUUCUGUGCUUCUGAGUCAUAGUUAAGAUGUUUGAGAAGAUGAACUUGAUCCCAUCAUCCAGUUAUGUUGUCUUCGUUUUUUUCUGCAAUAUUUUUCAAGUCUCAUUCUUAGAACCAAUUAAAUGAUUAUAAGAUCUGUAAAUUACAUAGAUAUAUUAUUGAUUUGAGGGUGGGUUUCAUCAGAUUUUUGUUUUUAAAUGACUGUACAGUGGAGUCUAAGGGAAAGUAAGAGAACCUAUUUCUAAAUAUCAUUCUGUACCAAAGAAGCCAUCUUUUUUUUUUUUGCUGGCUGGCUCCCAUUAACACAAAGGCAAGGACAAAAGAAAAAGUCUAUUUUUACUUCACCAUGAAUGACUUUAAUAGCUGGGACAUUUCAAGGAAACCUCAGACCCGCUGGAAAUGUUUGUGUCUGCCAUUUGCUGUGAGAGAUUCCUGCCACUGUAUUUGCAUCCAGAUGUUCGUCAUCUGGAUCUGGAUGCAACAAUGGUGUGGACGCCCGACGUGACAAACUGCAGUUAAAGGAGAAAAACGUUUUGGUCUACAACUGCAAAAACAAAACAAACCAAAAACCAAACAAACAAAACAGGAAAGUACAGCCUUGCAUUUGAUUUACAGGGCCCCCUGCCUUUGCCAGAUGUGAGGCGUUUGAUUGUUAUUUUUAUAACCUGUUGAUACAGAAUCAGUGAUUUCCAAGUUUCAUUUGUAAGUUUUUCUGAUUUUAUUUGCUGGUUAAAUUCUCGACACAGACAUUUUAUGUGUGUGUAUGUGUGCGCGCGUCUGUGUGGGUGUGGGUGUGUGUGGAUGUGUUUGCAUAUUGCAGGUGUUUAACAGCUCUGUAUAGUGUGUAUUAUAAUUAGAUGAAAUCAGCUCUGGGAUCACCACAUCAGGGUUUUGUUUUUUUUAUCUUUCCUCUCCAAAUAUAUGUAAGUCAACUGUUAUGGAAAAGGUAAAAUUUUACAUUGUGUGUCACAAAUGUUGCUUUUGGAAAAGGAGAAGAAAAAAAAGGAAAUGUCACAUAAAGACUUUUUUUU